CCUGGAGUGUGUGUCCAACCCUGGGCCCUGUGUGUCCUGCAGGGCUGAAAUGUCACUCUGCUGCAUGUAGGCCUCUCACCACAGACAUCCUGAGAGUGUGGCUGGAGGCUCUGGAGCUUUUUUUGAGGGGGGAUUAUCAUGUUUUUUGUUCUCUGACAGCAGAAGUAGUCACCAGUUGUCUCUGCUUGUUGUUUGUGUUCCUAAUAAAGAGCUAGAGGGAGUCUCAGGGAGGUGCCAUGUCGACCCUCCUGCGUUGCAUCUCCAGCCCUUCUGUGGUUUUGUUCCAGCGAGGUGUCCAGAGGAAGGCACCCGGAAGGAGGCAUUUCAGGACUUUCCCUGUGUUAUGGGACCAAAAGGCCUCCAGAGGUGUGCUCUACAAGGACGUGGUGGUUGGAGUUCCUAAGGAGACGGUCCAGAAUGAGCGUCGUGUGGCCUUGUCUCCUGCCGGCGUCCAGGCUCUGGUCAAACAGGGCUUCAGGGUGCAGGUGGAGAGCGGAGCCGGAGACGAGUCCAAGUUCUCCGAUCAGCAGUACAGAGACGCAGGAGCCACGAUUACCGACGUGAAGGGAGCGCUGGGCUCAGAUCUGGUCCUCAAGGUUCGAGCCCCCAGUUUGAGUGAAGCGGAUCACCUGAAGCCGAAGUCCACCUUGGUGAGCUUCAUCUAUCCGGCACAGAACCCAGAGCUGAUGUCGAAGCUGUCGGAGAGGCAGAGCACGGUGCUGGCCAUGGACCAGGUGCCCAGAGUCACCAUCGCUCAGGGCUACGAUGCUCUCAGCUCCAUGGCCAACAUCGCUGGGUACAAAGCUGUAGUUCUGGCUGCCAACCACUUUGGCAGGUUCUUCACUGGUCAGAUCACAGCUGCAGGAAAAGUACCUCCAGCUAAGGUUCUGGUUAUCGGAGGUGGAGUCGCUGGUUUAGCAGCAGCAGGAGCAGCCAAGUCAAUGGGAGCCAUAGUCAGAGGGUUUGACACCAGGCCAGCAGCUCUGGAGCAGUUCAAGUCAUUUGGGGCAGAGCCUUUAGAAGUAGACAUCAAGGAGUCUGGCGAGGGGGUCGGCGGUUACGCCAAGGAGAUGUCAAAGGAGUUCAUUGAAGCUGAGAUGGCCCUUUUUGCCAAGCAGUGUAAAGAGGUCGACAUUGUCAUCAGCACCGCCCUGAUUCCAGGUAAGCGGGCUCCCAUUCUGAUUAAGAGGGAGUUUGUGGAGUCCAUGAAGGACGGAUCUGUGGUGGUGGAUUUGGCUUCAGAAGCGGGAGGCAACAUCGAGACCACCAGGCCUGGAGAGCUGCACGUUCACAAGGGAGUAACACACAUCGGCUACACAGACCUGCCCAGCCGCAUGGCCACACAAGCCAGCACUCUGUAUUCCAACAACAUCUUGAAGCUGCUGAAGGCCAUCAGCCCUGACAAGGAAUACUUCUACUAUGAGCCCAAAGAGGAGUUUGACUACGGAACAAUGGACCAUGUUAUCCGUGGGACUCUGGUGAUGCAGGAAGGCAAGAACAUGUUCCCGUCCCCCCUCCCGAAAACAGCCCCGCCAGCCCCAGUUAAACAGAAAACAGUCGCAGAGUUGGAGGCCGAGAAGGCGGCGGCAGUUUCCCCCUUCAACCGCACCAUGACCUCUGCUGGUGUCUAUACAGCAGGUUUGUCCACUUGUCUGGGUCUCGGCAUCAUCUCCCCCAACGCCGCCUUCACUCAGAUGGUCACCACCUUCGGUUUGGCCGGGAUCGUUGGAUACCACACGGUUUGGGGCGUGACUCCCGCCCUGCAUUCACCCCUCAUGUCGGUCACCAACGCCAUCUCAGGUCUGACGGCAGUAGGAGGUCUGGUGCUGAUGGGUGGAGGCCUCACUCCCUCCACCCUCCCCGAGAGUCUCGCUCUGGCUGCUGCCUUCGUUUCCUCCAUCAACAUCGCCGGUGGUUUUCUGAUCACUCAGAGGAUGUUGGACAUGUUCAAACGUCCCACUGACCCUCCGGAGUACAACUACCUGUAUGCGCUGCCCGGAGCUGCGUUUGUUGGAGGGUAUGGAGCCUCGGUGGCUGCUGGAUACAGCAUUGAGCAGAUGAUGUACCUGGGCUCGGGUAUGUGCUGCGUCGGUGCGCUGGCCGGUCUUUCUGCCCAGGGCACCAGUCGCCUGGGGAACGCCCUGGGCAUGAUGGGAGUAGCUGGAGGCAUCGCUGCCACCCUCGGGGCCCUCAAACCCUCCCCAGAGCUGCUGUCUCAGAUGUCUCUGGCCAUGGCCACCGGAGGAACCCUGGGUCUGACCAUUGCCAAGCGCAUUGAAAUCUCAGACUUGCCGCAGCUCGUGGCAGCUUUCCACAGCCUCGUGGGGCUGGCGGCCGUCCUCACCUGCGUUGCAGAGUUCAUGAUCGAGUAUCCUCACCUGGAAACUCACCCAGCAGCAGGUGUGCUCAAGACGGUAGCUUACCUGGGCACCUACAUCGGAGGCGUCACCUUCAGUGGGUCUCUGGUGGCCUACGGCAAGCUGCAAGGGAUCCUGAACUCUGCCCCCCUGCUGCUGCCUGGAAGACACAUGCUGAACGCCGGACUGAUGGCGGCGUCGAUGGGAGGAAUGGUGCCCUUCAUGCUCAGCUCCAGCUAUGGUACUGGCAUGGGCUGUCUGCUGGGAGUGUCUGGACUUUCCACUGUUAUGGGUGUAACGUUGACAGCAGCCAUCGGGGGCGCUGACAUGCCCGUUGUCAUCACAGUGUUGAACAGCUACUCCGGAUGGGCUCUCUGUGCCGAAGGCUUCUUACUAGACAACAACCUCAUGACGAUUGUGGGAGCUCUGAUUGGCUCCUCUGGUGCUAUUCUGUCCUACAUCAUGUGUGUGGCCAUGAACCGCUCCCUGCCCAAUGUGAUUCUGGGUGGGUACGGCACCACCUCCACAGCUGGUGGGAAGCCCAUGGAGAUCGUCGGGACUCACACUGAGGUCAAUGUGGACCAGACCAUUGACAUCAUCAAAGAAGCUAACAGCAUCAUCAUCACACCAGGUUGGGGUCUGUGUGCAGCCAAAGCCCAGUACCCGAUUGCUGACAUGGUGAAGAUGCUGACCGAACAGGGCAAGGCUGUCAGGUUUGGUAUCCACCCAGUGGCUGGUCGUAUGCCCGGCCAGCUGAACGUCCUCCUGGCCGAGGCCGGCGUUCCCUAUGAUGUGGUCCUGGAGAUGGAUGAGAUCAAUGAAGACUUCCCAGAGACGGACUUGACGCUGGUUAUCGGAGCCAAUGACACGGUGAAUUCUGCAGCACAAGAAGAUCCCAACUCUAUAAUUGCUGGCAUGCCCGUCCUGGAGGUGUGGAAGUCCAAACAGGUGAUCGUGAUGAAGCGUACGUUGGGCGUCGGCUACGCUGCCGUUGACAACCCCAUUUUCUACAAACCCAACACCUCCAUGCUGCUGGGAGACGCCAAGAAGACCUGCGACAGUCUGCAAGCCAAGAUCAGAGAGGCCUACUACUAGUUACCACUCAUCAUUAUUAAUGUGUACAGCACUUCUUAAGUAGAUUGACAUAUGCUACGUUUCCAGCAUUGACCUUAAGGAGAUAUAUCUUUUUGGAGAACAGAUUUAUUGGGUUUGCAACAAACGCGGUGGGGAAGAUUCUGAACACGACUUCUUGAAAAUAAGGGACAUGAAUUAGUCGAACACAAAUAUGUACUGAUUUGUAAAUAAAAUAUUUAGACGUA